UUGUAGAGCCCUGCCUGGAUUAGCUUGCCAUCCCUUGUGCUGACUGUAUUUUUAGUUUCCAGCUAAGAGCCGCCGCCCUGUAGCUUAGAUAUUUGUACCACAAAAAACGUGUUUUGUUUCCCUUGCUGGAGUCGGAAAUAAUAGGCAAACGCCAUUUAGCAAAAGAAAGCCAUACAUAUAUGAGGAGAGAUAGCGUUACACCUUGUUAACGGUAAACCAGUUAAGCUCAGCUAAUUAGCUAACAAUAGUCAGUAGUUUCCUUCCUCGGCGGCUCGCAGGAUGUCGUACAGGAAAACUUUUAAACUUAUUUGUGGGUUUGCUGGAGGCUCUGCCGUCCUAGUGUUCGCGGCUGCCAGUGCCGACUCCCGAGGAUACUUCGGUGAGCAGCGCGGAGAGGCGGCCAGCCGGUGGUCGAAAUUCACCGUCCUUCAAGCUGCGCAGCCGGCGUGGACACCUGCCAGCCACACACCAGCCCCGACUGGACACGCCUGGGACUUCAACUGGGAUAAGAGGGACCCAUCUGCUCUGUCCAAUGGGAAGAAGAAAGAAAAUGCAACUGAAGACCCCAGCUCUGAGCAGGACAACAGCAAACCAAAAGCUACACGCAACAUUCUCCUCAUCAGACACUCCCAGUACAACCUGAGCGGGAAUAGCGACAAGGAGAGGAUCCUCACCCCACUAGGCCGAGAGCAGGCUGAGUUGACGGGCAAGCGCUUGGCAGCGUUGGGACUGAAGUAUGAUGUUCUGAUCCACUCCAGCAUGGCCAGAGCCACAGAGACCGCACAUAUCAUUAACAAACACCUCUCAGGUCCAGGAGUGGAGCUGGUGAGCUGUGAUUUGCUGAGAGAGGGUGCACCUAUCGAGCCGGUUCCGCCUGUCACUCACUGGAAGCCCGAUGCUGUGCAGUACCACGAAGAUGGAGCUCGCAUUGAGGCAGCCUUCCGCCGCUACAUCCACCGGGCUGACCCCAAGCAGAAGGAGGACAGCUACGAGAUCAUCGUGUGUCAUGCCAAUGUCAUCCGUUAUUUUGUCUGCAGGGCUCUGCAGUUUCCUCCGGAGGGCUGGUUACGUAUGGGCUUGAACAACGGCAGCAUCACGUGGCUCACCAUCCGCCCUAGCGGCAGGGUGGCCCUCAGGACUCUGGGAGACGCAGGAUUCAUGCCCCCGGACAAACUAACACGGACCUGAUGGCCCAACACACCGCAGGUUUCUGGGACUCCGAUGCCCAGUCAGUCGGUUGCAGGGUCAAAGCUCAGUUUUCUCCUAAGUGUCUUGAAAAUUACUUUUGAUGUUGUUAUUUUGUAAUUUAGCUACCAACAUGUAAUGAAAGACUCUGUGGUUGUGAUUACUUCCGUGCCAUAGAACGACAGCAGAAGUGAUUAACAGCUGCUUAGCAAUUUCUCCUGAAUGUAACAGGAUUUUUACACGUGACUGAUUUUUAAACCAAAAAAGUUGUAUUUGUAUAGCUGUUGUUAAUGCAAAUCAUGCUCUCAGCGUUACAUGUCGUAAACAGUAUGCUGAAGUGAGGAUUAUGCGUUGUAUGGUGAAGCUGUAGUAAAUAAAAGAAAAUAAUGACA